AUGAUCGAGCUGCUGCAGUUGGCUACAAUCAUCAACUCUCCGCACAAAGCAUGUGUGUUUGACUCCUUCUCUUGCUUUAUUGUGGAGUUUUACAGUUCUACUUGUGUAGAAUUUAGAAACCCCCUUUCAUAUGAAGAUAUAUUUCGCGAGCUCCAAUAUUUCCAAAUUUGA